AUGGAUUUUCCCGUCGCUCCGAUGGACAGCAUCAAAACAAGCUUAGAGCUUCGAUCCAACGUGCUCAGGUUGCCCAUAUUCCCGGAUGAGGCGGCUAGCGCGGCGGCCCUAAUUGAAUUGAUUGGUGGGGCUGGUCGUGCGGAAAAGGAAUUAACCAACGGAUCUGGCGGGGCGGUGGUUGGAGGAUUUGGGCGCAGCUCAGCUGGGCAGUUCGGGGGUGGUGCUAUGUGCGGCGAGGAAACAAGUGUGGCUGCCGGCGGCCCUGCCGUGUCAAUGCAAACGCCGUUGACCAGGGCGGCGUUGAAGCACAUUUUGAUGGAGAUCAGGGCGCUGUGA